AUGGUUUCCUUAGAGAGUGAAUUUAUUGAUGAACGCAAUUUAUUGAAGGACAUGUUUAUUAAACGUGGGUACCCCAGUAAAUUAGUGGAGGACCUUAUUGAUGAGGUAUCUACUAAAAGGUCCUGUGGGUUAUUUAAACCAAUUUUGAACAUUAAAGAAUGUGAUGGUAUUGUUGGGUUGGAACAUUAUGGUCUAAAUAAUUUGGAGGUCAUUUCCAAUGAUUCAAUAUUGAACCCAUUGAUGGAUGACGGCGAUGCUACAAAAUCAGUUAGUCCUUCUGUUGGUGAUGAAAUCGAGUGUUGUGAUGAUUUAGCAGGAAAAGGAACUGAAGAAAAGAAAAAUAAAGAUUCAUCAUUACUUGUGAAAAUCUUUCCUUGUGUCCAAGACAAUGAAGAAUGGGAUGAAAAUGAAAAAUGUUGCCGUGUUAUUCCUAAGUUUUGCAGCAGGACUAGAGACAAUGAGGUGAGAACACAUUGUGAUGAUGAAUUGCAAGGAAAUGGAACAAAAGAGAAGACGAACAAAGAUGCAACAUUACUCAUGAAAGUGUUCCCCUGUAUCCAGUGCGAUGCAGAUAGGAAGGAAAAUGAACCAUGCUGCCCUGUUACCUUUAGGUGCUGCAGCAGGACAAGUGACAGUGGGAUGCAUCCAGAAGAGGAUAUAAUUUUGUCACAAGAACUGAAAAAGGACAGCAAAACAACAUUUCUUCAGAAAAAGAGAAGUGAACUGUUAAACAGUGAUGAAAUCGAUGCUUUACAGCACCUUUUGCUGGAACAUAGUUCACCUCCUAGAAGUGAAGACACAGACUUUAUUAACUAUGAGAAUUUCUUGCAAGUCUGUAAGGAAGCUGGACCCAAAUAUAAGAGGUUCUUCAAUGCAAAGGCUUUUGCCAGACUUCUCUCUGGUGAUCCUUAUGGAAGAAUCCUUAUUCAGAUAUUUUUAACCUACGUGAAGAGAAAAGUGUGGUAUGAUCAAGCCUGUAUAGACUUGACUUAUUAUGAUUCAGCAGGACGAGGCUACCUCACAGAAUCAGAUUUGGAAAACUAUGUAUGGGAUUUAAUUCCUACUAUUCCGCAAAUGGAAAAAUGCAAACCUUCUUUCUAUCAUAUCUAUGUCUGCACUGUUGUUAGAAAAUUCUUCUUUCAUCUUGAUCCCUUGAGAACUGGGAAAAUAAAGAUCCACGAUAUAUUAGCAUGUGGCUUUUUGCAUGAAUUAGUGAAGUUGAAGGAUGACAAAGAUCUCUCCGAAACAGAUCAAGAAUUAAACUGGUUUUCACUUACUUCUGCUUUGAAAGUCUGUGAAAAAUAUUUAAAGCUCGAUAAGGAUCGUAUUGGAACACUUAGUAAAGCUGAAUUUUCACGCUACGGAAAAGGAACUUUCUCAAAAGUGUUUCUGGGCAGAGUCUUCCAGGAGCGUGUCACUGGUGCUGGGGAAAUGGAUUACAAGACCUACUUGGAUUUUAUCCUUGCUUUGAAAGACAGGACACAGCCAGCAUCACUUCAUUACAUGUUCCGACUCCUGGACAUCGAAGGCAAAGGCAGUCUGAAUGCCUUCUCCCUAAAUUACUUCUAUAAAGCUAUCCAAGAGAAGCAGAGACUAUAUGUGGUGGAUCAGUCUUCAUUUGAUAAUAUCAAGGAUAUAAUAUUCGACAUGGUUAAUCCAAAAGAUCCAUACAAGAUAACACUUCAAGAUUUAAUCAAUAGUGGCAGAGGGGCAACUGUUAUAAGCAUCCUUACAGAAUAUGGCCAUCCCCUGACUUACACAAAAAAGAGAAUUUGUGGUUUCCUGUGGAGAUUGCAUUGGCUUUGGUGUUAAUAUGAAUCAAAUGCUGCAGG